AUAUUAAACUGUAGCUCAGCCCCCCACAAGUGCUACCUUUUUUUUUUCCCCAACACUAUUCCUCCUUCUCACAGUGGGUGGAGUGAGUGAACAGCUUCGUAAUGCUUAACUGCCCGCUGCUUUAGUAACAGCAGCCACUGCUGCAUCUCUCCCUGGUAUGGUACAAUAAAUCACAUUUGUAAUUCUUGCCUGAUAAAUUAAAAUCAACUUCCCAGUAGUUUGUUAUGAUUGCAAACUUGAAGAAAAAAAAAAAUCGAAACGGUCAAGCUGUAAUGUUUUGGAACAGCCUCUGAAGCAGCACGGGAGAGACAACUGACAGUGGAGGCAAAACUAAGCGGUGAAUGAAACCGCCCUCCGUCCCGCAGCGCCGCCGGGGCGGAGCAGGCGGCGAGCCCGCCCCGGAGCAGAGGAAAGGCCGUGCCUGCCGUGCGCCCGGUCCGGUCUCCGCGCCUCGAAAGAGGAAGGGCGGCGGGGGAACGGUGAGGCGCGGCUGCCGGCUUCUCCCUGGUGAAGGGGUCUGACUGCCUUGAUUGCAGACAGCACCUGGAGGCUGGACAGGUGGAAUACCUGUUUUUUGUUAGGGGCGGUGUUCGCACGGCUAGAAAGUGAAGUGCGCUCCACUGAAAAAGAAAAGAAAACAAAAAACAGGUGGAGGGUAAGAUGGAGGAAGCAGAAGAGGAUGACAUGGUAUGUGGAGACUUGGGGAACGGACUUGGGAGAAGACCUGGAGGUGUUUAUGAAGGGGAAAAGUUACAAAACUAUUCACUCAGAUCUAAGAAGGUAUCUGUGAAGGCUUACAACACUCUCUCAUCAAUAAAGGGAGUGGAAGAAAAUGAUGCUACCUCUCUUCCCUGUUCCAAAAGAAACAGCUUUCAUGAUGGAUCAUCCAAGAAGCCUCUUUCUAGUUUGACUCGACAAAGUAGCUGUGAAUCCAGUAGUGAGAUGUCAAAUGAGGAACUAAAGCAACAGCUUCGAGAAGCCCUAGAGGAAAUUGAAAUGUUGAAAGUUGAGCUUGAAGCUGCUCAAAGAAAACUUGAAGGAAAAGAUGAAGCCCUAAAAAUUCUGCAGAGCAUGGCAGUGUUUAGUAAAGCCACUAGUCAUACAAAAGCAAUGCUUGAAAAAACAGAGGAAGAAAAGAGAACUUUAGAAAAGGAAAUUAAUAUUUUGCAAUGGGAAAUUGAAUUUGAUCAGGAUAGAUUUAAAAACAUAGAAGACACGUGGACAGAAAAAUAUGACAGGAUAUACUGUGAAAACACAGCUCUUAAGGAAGCACUGAAACUGAGAACAGAAGAAGUUAAAACUCUUAAAUCUGAAAAUGCAAUCUUGAAUCAGCAGCUCUUAGAAUUUCUUGCAAUGCUUGAUGUGAACAAACAGAAGAUUGUUCAGGAGAACAUGUCCAUGAAUAAAAGAGACAUCACAGAUAUUACAGGUCUUGAACUGGCAGUUCUUGGAGCCUGCACUUGCAAUUCUUCUGUGGGGCAGCCUUGUCCCUGUGCUAAAAUGGCAGCUGUCACUCGAAAGCAAAUUCUUCAUCUCAAGCAAGAGAUUGAACUUCUGAUGAAGAGUAAAGAUGAAGCUUAUAUAAUGGCAGAUGCCUUCAGAAUUGCAUUUGAGCAGCAGUUAAUGCACAGGAAGGACCAAGCUCUGAGGCUUGCAGAAGUGAUAAAGAUUAAAAAGGAAACAAAAUUUAUAAACUGGAGGCGACUGAAAGAGGAUGGGUCUGUCAAGCUACAAGGGAACAAGAACAGUCUGGGACAGAAAUUAUCAGGCCUGCUCUCCUCAGAUGCUGACAGCAGGAAAGUUGAAGAACUAGACAACCCUCAUGAAAUCUUGAAGAUGUUAAUAGAUUUGGUAAAUGACAAAGAGGAGGCUCUGGCUCACCAGAGGAAGGUCAGCUACAUGCUAGCUCGUGCAAUGGAGCUGAAGGAGGCGGCACAGCAGACGGAAGGCCAGCCUCCCACUGGGCACGGAGGCAAAGCCGUGCAGCCCUGUGGGCCAGCAGCACUGGGACCAGCCUGCUGCUGUGACCUGGCUUCUCCGAGCAGCCUUUCCUCAGCUUCCAGUGGAAACGGGUUCCAGAACUUGGUUAGACAGCUUCGAAAAUCACACUCCUGGCCUCGUGAGGCUGCGCCUCACGAGGAAAGCGAUCCGUGUGGGAAAGCAUGCGAAACUGUGGUGAUCUCGAUUUAAGCCGGAAUAAAUUUUUUUUUUCAAGG